AUGGACGCCAAAACUCCAGUCACUUUAGCAGAAGUUAUCAAGGUCUUAGGUAGAACCGGUUCAAGAGGUGGUGUUACUCAAGUUAGAGUCCAAUUCUUAGAAGACAAAACCAGAACCAUCGUCAGAAAUGUCAAGGGUCCAGUCAGAGAAGGUGACAUCUUAUGUUUAAUGGAAUCCGAAAGAGAAGCCAGAAGAUUACGUUAA